AAAGCAUGCCGAGACGUCAUUUCCUUCACCAAUAAGUGCGGCCUUGAAAAUGUCUAUCUUUAUCAGAAAUAAAUGCAAAAUUUGACUUUUUUCUCACUUCCAUAUAAGCAGCUCCGUGGUAAAGACUCACAUAUUGGAGUCAUCUGGAGGUCGGGCUGUUUCUUUCUACAUACAAAGGGGCAUUGAACGCUCAUCGUCUCUGGUAGACACAGCCACACAAUGACUGGCCGUCCAGAGGUCCCCAGCUGUUUCUUGGGUUCAAAACCCAAUUUUGUGGAGCUAAAACUUGAGAGAGACAGCCAUCAGGAGUCCGAGUUUACGGUCGAUGGACAAAACAACAUUGUUAUCACGUUCAAAGCGGGAGUUCCUAUUAAAGUUGUAACUCAACUGAUCCAAGUCGCAACUGAAACAGAUCUGGUGGAUUACGUCUUGACCCAAAGAAAAAACAAAGGCUCCGUGAGCUUCUAUUUGGGAUUCCCGGCCAAUGGCUGGUACAAGUUCCUGGUCUUCGCCCUGGACGAGACGGACCCUGGUGACUCCUGCCCCAACGUCUUCAACUACUUGAUCAACGUGCAGAACAUCAAGAAGCCGGCCAGGCCCUACCCCAGGGUCUACACCAAAUUCUACACCGACUGCGCCUUCCUAUACCAGCCCCUGGUGCUGCACUCCGAGUCCAAGAACCUGGACAAGGUCCAUUUUGAGUUGACCGUGCCCGGGGCCUACAAGGUGGCCCUGCACGUGGUGGACGAGUGGUUCCUGAUGACCAAGAUGGGCGAAGACAAAUGGGACGGGGUAUUUAACCUCUCCAAGUUUAAGAAACCGGGCACCAAAGUGCAAGUAAUGGCCGCCUUUGACCCUGAAGGAACUAUAUACUCGGCACUUUUGGACUAUAUAAUGUAGUUGGCAGAAACAGGUCAGACUUAUACGCUUGCGAAAGUCAUUGAAAGGUGUAAAAUAGAUUGCAAUAUAAAUUAAAACACUAUACAAGGAAUGUUAUCUUUUUUCUUUUGUCUUGGUUACAAAAAUACAAUUAUGUAAUACAUCCCCUGGCUUCUUUCAUCUACAGAGCAAGGAACUAAAUAUUGAUACAGCUGUACUAUUAGAGAAGUAAUGUGAUACAGGAUUGUUUAUACAGUUGCCUUUUCUUUAAAGUUUCUCUCAUAUUUUAGAAUGAAUAUGCAAUUAAAACUGAAAUAAACUGUACAAUUAUGCCCGGAUACGGAUAGGUCGAA